AUGGCAAGUGGUCUUGGUAACAUUCAUGACAAGGGUAUUAUUCAUCGUGAUCUACAUAGUGGAAAUAUUUUAGUAUAUGAACGUUAUAAUAAUAACAAAUAUACUAGAAUAGGUGAUUUAGGAUUAAGUAAAUCAGCUACUGAAGCUGACGAUAAUGAAACUUAUGGAAUUAUUCCUUAUAUGGUCCCAGAGGUUCUUCAAGGGCAAAAAUAUACUAAAGCAUCAGAUAUUUAUAGUUUUGGUAUGAUUAUGUGGGAGUAUAUGACGGGUAGAAGACCUUUUUGGGAUCGUGCUCAUGAUACUGAGCUGAUUAUUGAUAUUUGUGAUGGCUCACGUCCUUCAAUUGGUGAUAUAGUAGCACCUAAAGGCUAUAUUGAGCUAAUGAAAGAAUGUUGGAACCCUAACCCAAGUAAAAGGCCAACCGCUUGA